AUGAGCAGUAGUAGUAGUCCAAUUACUAUAUCAUCAACUGAUUUUAAUCAAAUACCAUUCGAUGUAUUAGAAUCAAUUAGAAAUAGAUUAAAUCAAAUUCAUACAUCCUUAAAGAAACUAGCAGAUCAAAUCAACAACCAUAAUAGAUAUCCAUCAAAGAUUAAAUUACCAAACUUCAAUCAAUUUCAAAAUCAAUUUCAAGUUUUGAUUACUCAAUUAACUUCAAUUGCAUCAAUAUUACAAGCAAAUGAAGAAUUAUUACUCAAUACAAAUGUUUAUCCAACUCCAAUUUUCCCAACUCAACAACAAGAAGGGUUAUUAACUACAUUAUUAAGAAAAAAAGCCCUACCUGAAGUUGAUGAAUGGAUAAAUGCAAGUAAGUCCACAUUGGAAUCAAAUGAAACUAAACUUAAUGAUGAAUUUACUUUAUUUUGUUUAUCUAAAUUAGUUGAAUUACGUGAUGAAUUUCAAUUUUAUGGUUUCAAUACAAUUGAAGAAUUGGAUAAUAUGGAAACACCAGAAGCUAAACAAGAGGUAAAGAUAAAAAACGAGAAGGAGUUGGAAAAAGAAGAAAUUGAAUUGAAAGAUAACUUCCAAUGGUAA